UCUAUGUCCAUCUCACAUGCCCAGUGUUGUCACACAGCUAAUAAAGAUCCCUGUAGCUCUCUACUGCCAAGAUGUCCAGUAACACACUGCCCCAUUUGUCCUUGGAAUCCAGAUUCCACUUGUAUGCCCUUUAUAUCCUCAGCAAAAAGGAAUUUUAUUGAUUCAUCAUCAGAGGCUUCCAGCGUUGUGAGGGGGGCUCGUGUGUUGGCAAGGAAUGAAGCUGAUGGCUAUUACUACCUGGGACACAUUGCCCAAGAGGUGAAGGGCUCCAGGGAACGCUUUUUAAUUGAGUUUGACAAAAGCCAUGCUCUGAAAGGCAAGGUACAGCUUCGCCUGCAGGAAACGCCUCUCUACGACAUUCUCCACUACGAAGAUGCCAGGCAACGGCCUCUUGCUCCAGGAGACAGGGUCUUGGCACCAUGGGAGGCCAGAGCUGAACGUUUUGGCCCAGGCACUGUGCUAAAGGUUGUGGAGAACAAGGAGGCACAUUUAGCACACAACAGAAGAGUGAUUGUGAAUUUCUGGAAUGGACAGACUAAGGACCUGUCUGCUGACCAAGCUCUGUGGAUCCCUCUGCCCUUAAGCGAACGCAUCAUCCUAGAACUGCAGAUGCCUUUAGCAGCCAGGCAGAUGGUGGUAGAUUCAAGCUUGGAUUACCCAUACAUCGUGACCCCAGGCUAUAGAGCCUCAGGCCAUCACAGAUGGGGUCACUCACACCUGGAACAUUGUCCAAGGGGUCUAUAUUUGAGUGAGCCAUGCACUAAAUGCAGCUGUAGGUGUACCUCUCUUCCCCAUUGCUGCCUUUCAGCUGGGGAACCCACAUGGCCUGCAGGAUGCAAAGCACAGCAGGAAGAUGCUUUUGUCCCUGGAACAGACUUGACAAAACAAGAGCUUAGCAAGAAAAUAGAAGAGCAGCUGUCUGAAAUGAUACUUUCAUCUACAGAAAGUGUUUCCAGAGAGGAAGAAAAAAAGGAAGAGAAGAAACCGGAGACAGAAAAUGUUCCAAGAGAUACUCAGUCUUGUUUGGAAGAAGACAAUGAGCUUAUAGAACCUAAGAAGAAAUCAAUCCUUAAUGGUAGAGCUCAGAAGAGCUGGAAAGAAAUGGCCUUCAACAAAGCCAAGAUUGAGCACAAAAGGCGGCAGGAGGAGCAGAGACAGCUGAAGAGGGAGCAGCAGCAGGAGGCAGACAGUAUCCGACGCCAGCUGUGCAGGGACAACCAGAGGCAGCAAUUGCAUCAGAGAAGAUUGCAAGAGCUGGAGAAACAGCUGGAGCACAGAGACAGAGCUUUGCAGCACAUGGCACUGCUCCAGGCUGCAAGGGCAGAGAAGAGCAGGAAGGAAUCCUCCUUGACAGAGGAGGAGAAGAGGAAGGCAAGUCAGAGGCUGCAGUUUUUAAAGACACAGUAUUUGCAGAGGGAGGAGUUGCAGGCAGAACGCAAUGAAAGGAGCUUUGAACAAGAGAAAGAAAGGCUGGAUUUUCUGCGGAGCAGAAUGCAGUCACGGCAGGAAGCACUGGAACAAGAGUUACACAAGCAGGCCAGGCAACAAAAACAGCACCAGGCUGCCAAAGGGAGAGUGUUCCAGAGCAGAGACCGUUCGCACCAGAAGAUGGAAAAAGAAGGCCAAAAGCUCUGUGAACUCCAGCAGUACCUCAGAGAACAGAAUCUUUUGAUGCUCCGUGCAUCACUGCUAGCAUAAGGAAGCAGCAGAGUAGACACUGACAUCACAUGGCCUUUCCAGCAGCAGGGCUGCAGAAGGGAACAUAUAUGGAAGAUCAAGAUGUUAAUCCACUCCCUCCACUUCUCUGGCAAAACCUGGCAGAUUCUGCAAGUCUCUGAAAUGCAAGAAGCUCCCAGGCAGGCCUAACUUGCAGCAGAAGCACUCCUGACCAGGGAGUGGCUGCCAGUGUUUCCUGUUUGACACCUUCUGUUCCCUCAAUUCUGGCAGCCGCCUUGCUGUAGCUGUGUUGGGUAUAGCUCCCACAACAGCAAAGCUCUCCCCUCUUAGGAAGGUUCAUAAGGGGAAAUAGAGAGAAAGCUGUCAUUUCAUCCAUCAGACUCUCCAGUUGUCUCCCUUCCCCAGCCUCAGCUUCCCAGCCAGAUGAGAGA